CAUGUUAAUUUGAAGCAAACAACGACGAUGACUUGCCUAAUCUUUCAGACAAAUGAAAUAUAAAACGAUUACCUCAUCUUGAAUCCUCGACAUCAAACUCCAGUCCUCUACUUUCAUAUUGCUGCAAGUAACAGCAGAGAGAGAUGGCUCAAAAUGGCGGAGGCAGAAGAUGGUCUCUUGAAGGAAUGACUGCUCUUGUCACUGGUGGUACCAAAGGGAUUGGGUAUGCAAUUGUGGAGGAAUUGGCUGGACUUGGUGCAAGUGUAUACACUUGUUCUCGAAAUGAAGCCCAGCUCCAUGAAUGCUUGAAUCAAUGGAAGAAGAAGGGUUAUCAUCAAGUCACUGGUUCAGUCUGUGAUGUGGCCUCAAAAAUCCAGAGAGAGGAGCUAAUACACAAGGUCUCAUCACUGUUUCAUGGGAAACUUAACAUCCUUGUAAACAAUGUUGGAACUAGUCACGGACCAACGCCAACAACUGAGUGCACCGCUGAAGAGUACUCAUCCAUAAUGAAUACCAAUCUUGAAUCUACUUACAAUUUGUGCCAACUAGCACAUCCUCUUCUCAAAACUUCAGGAGCUGGUAACAUUGUUUUUAUGUCUUCUGUUGCUGGUGUGGUAUCAACUUGGGGGGGUGGGAGUGUAUAUGGCGUAACUAAAGGAGCAAUGAAUCAAUUGGCCAAAAACUUGGCUUGUGAGUGGGCAAAAGACAACAUUAGGAUCAACAGUGUUGCACCUUGGGUCGUCAGAACCCCUCUUGCUGAACCUAUGUUCACUGACGACGGAAAGUCGUUACUGGAGGCUGUCAUAUCUCGAACCCCAUUGGGACGUAUAGGAGAGCCUGAAGAGGUGUCUGCCUUGGUGGCGUUUCUAUGCCUUCCUGCAGCCUCAUACAUAACAGGCCAGACUUUUUGCGUCGAUGGAGGGAUGACUAUCAAUGGCUUCCAGUUUCAAGCAUUAUGCUGAGUAGGCCUCAUCAUGGGCCGGGCUAGGGCCGGCCCUAUCCUAAAUUUUAGGGCUUAGGGUAGGGUCAGGAAGGUCUUUGAUUUGGUCAACAAUAUUUAGGGCUGGGUAGGAUCGGACCGGGGCUCAAAUAUGUAAGCCCUUGCCCGCCCUUAAAGCCCAUUUUGCUAGGGCUAAUAAGGCCGGCCCUGAAUAGGGCUAAAUAGGGCUGAAAGGGCCGAAUAUGUCGUUAUUUUGUUUAACGAAAUAAAUUCAUGAGUUUUAAUUUUUUUCCCUCAACAAUUACCUC